AUGAAGCAACGAACAGCUAAUACUCAACUCCCGAAGUACGUAUUGAUAGGACAGCCUCAAGUUUCAGUGUUGUUGGAGCUGAGUCCUCAUUUUAAAUCAAAGGUUUCUCUUAAGGUCAAAGCUUUUAUACUCCCUCGUGCUUUCUCAUACCGCCUGCCAAGUAAAUCUUUGACUUCCUUGUCAUCCAUAUUUGAGAGCCUGCGUCUUGCUGAUCCGCAGUUUAUGCUUGAUGAUCGAAUUGAUAUGAUACUUGGUGCGACCGCCGCCAUCCACGCAAAAAUAGUAAGUGGUACUGUUGAAAGAGGCAAAGCACACGAGCCCAUUGCUACGAAAUCAAAGCUUGGAUGGUUGUUGUCAGGUCCAAUAGGCUUGAGUACAUCUACUCUUGUUGCUCAAGAUUGCACAAAGGAGCCCAACCCUCAGGAGCAAAAAUGUGAGGAUCACUAUUUGAAGAUGACUCGCGGAGAUGAGUCAGGUCGUUUUUUGGUUGGCUUACCUUUUAAAGUCAACCUCUCCGUUCUGAAAAUUCAUGCUCUCCCCAUCAGAACUCUUCCAGAGCCAUGCUUCUCAACAUGGAAAGAAAAUUCAAAAUUUGUCCCAGCCUUUGGUGAUGGUUAUUGGUUGCUUCCGCAUCACGACAUAAUUCAAGAGUCCAAUACCACUACCAAAAUGCGAGUUGUCUUUAAUGGCUCCGCCAGAUCGAAAAACUCUGUAUCUAUCAACGACAUUUUGGACACGGGCCCGAACCUUCUACCUCCUCUUUUCGACCUCAUGUUGAGAUGGCAAAAUUAUUGA